AAGCAGAAGAAGAAGUGUCAAAGUGUAAAAAUUGUUGCUGUUAUUACUAGCGGCAUUUUGGAAAUUAAAUUAUGUUAAGUGCAUAAAUUGUGAGAUGCAAGAGCAACAACACUAUCGACAACAACAACCAGAAAAGUGAAGUGAAACGUUAAGGUGCAAAGAGAGAAAGAGAGAAAAUAAAAAAAAGAAGUUGGCAGUUGAAGCUGCAAACAACAACAACAGAAUAACAAUAGCAACAACAACAGCAACAACACAGAAACAUGCAUAUAUAUCGAAAAGCGCUCGAGAACUAAAUAAGUUGCAAUGUGAAGAGCGGCCCUAAAACAAGUGAAAAUCGUGCAAAAAAAAAUACAGUGAAAAGUAACAAGUAAAAAGUGCAGGGAAAACUUGUCAAGGAGCCCAGAAGGCAGCCCAGAAGCAGAAGAAGAAGCAGAAGCAGCUGCUGUGACGAUUGACAAGACAAAAACAAGAGUAGAAACAAAGACAAAGCCACAGCGGCAAGUGGCAAGAGUUUGACAAGUGGCACAAGUGGCAACCGAAAAGCACGCAGCUACUUUUUCAACCCAAAACCUCCUUCUUCUUCCCCUUUUGCGACUCCCCUAAAAUCUCCUGCAGUUUGCAGUCCAUGGUCGCGUAGCUUUUGUAUGCGGCUCACAUGCCGUGGCCAGAAGAACAAGAAGCACAAGCUGAAUAAGCCAAGAGAAAAUCAUCAACAAGCAGAACAAUGUGCUGGCCAAAUACCGCAACGAAAUAGAGCAUCGACAAGGCCAAAAUAAAGAAAAAUAUAUAUACAUUUAAAAUAAAAGGAGCAGCAGAUGUGUUGCUGUGAUGCCACAAGGACGCACUUAAGUACAGCAAAAGCAGCAGCAAAAUCAGCAGGAAUCUACACAGCAUUUGCCUAGAGCAGAAGACAGAAGACAGUCUUCAAUUGCAGCAUGCGAAAACACAAAGUGCCGCACAGCGGCGACACCAACAGUCCAAGGACAACGCCAACAACCACAACAACAACACCAAUAAGAGGACAACAGGGCAACAACGAGACAACAAACACAACAGCAGCGAGCAGGACAAACCAGAGAACAACAACAUCCACAACAGGAAAUCCCACAACGUCAUCCACAGUUGAAAUGGAGCAACAACGCAUGUUGCUUGGUCAUGUCCCAGCAACAGCGACUGCAACUGCAACUGCAACAUCAGAUGCAACAGGAGAUGCAACACAUGCAACUAGUCGCCUUGCAGCGCCUUUGUCAUCGGUCAGCUGUCAGCAGCGACCUGCCGCAGCUGCAAGUUGCAAGGAUCGACCGCGAUUUAGAGUGCAGUUAAUGUCCUUGCUGCAGAUCGCCAGCUAUGCGUUGUGUCUGUGCGCCUUUAGCUUUGCUCUCUAUGCGAAUGUGAGGCAGACGCGGCUCGAGCAGCGACUGCAGCGCUUGCAACAACUUGACGCACGCAUUGUCGAACUCGAACUGCGCCUGGAGCAGCAACAACUCAUCCAUUGGCCCGCCGAGCAGGCUCAGAUCAUUGCCAGUCCCAGUCCCAAUCCCAUGUUCAUCAGUGAGAAUUCCUCCUCUGAUCACUUGGCGUUGCACGUGCGUCGCGAACUUCAUCGCCUGCGUCGCGAUGUUUCCCACUUGCAACUGACGCGACGUCAGCAGCGUCGCCAGGCGGCAGAGGCAGCGGCAGCGGCUGCUGUGGCAGCGGGACAAGCACAAGGAGGCAGCCCAAUUGUCAAUGCGAAUGGGGAGUGUCAGUGUCAACCAGGUCCUCCCGGUCCACCCGGACCACCAGGAAAGCGAGGGAAGCGCGGCAAGAAGGGAGAUCCCGGUGACAAGGGCGAUGCGGGCCUCAAUGGCAUCAGCGGGGAAAAGGGCGCUGCCGGAAAGCCCGGCGAUAAGGGCCAAAAGGGCGACACCGGCCAUCCGGGCGUGGACGUCUUCCAAACAGUCAAGGGCCUGAAGAGAUCGGUGACAACGCUGCAUGGCGGCACGUUGGGAUAUGCGGAAAUUGUUGCUGUUAAGGACUUGCAAGAAGCGGGCGUUAACGUAUCCGCUUCCACGGUCAUACAGCUGAAGGGCGAACCAGGAGAGCCUGGACCGCCAGGACCACCAGGUGAACCAGGUAAUCCGGGCGUGUCGGGCGAGCGUGGACCACCCGGAGAAACAGGACCUCAAGGCUUGCAGGGAGAGGCCGGACAACCAGGUCCCAUAGGACCGCCUGGAGUGGCGGGCGCACCUGGCACAAAGGGUGACAAGGGCGAUCGCGGUGAUCGUGGACUCACCACAACCAUCAAGGGUGACGAGUUCCCUACGGGCAUCAUCGAGGGUCCGCCGGGACCUCCUGGACCACCUGGUCCGCCCGGAGAGCGGGGUGACCGCGGUGAGGUGGGACCCAUCGGACCCGCCGGACCGCCAGGCGAGAAAGGACCGCGUGGCAAGCGGGGCAAGCGGAUAUUUGGACCUGGUGGCACAAAGUUGGAGGAUGACUACGAUGAGCCGCCAGUCACACUGCUGCGCGGUCCACCCGGACCACCGGGCACAUCCGGCAAGGACGGACGAGAUGGACGCGAUGGCAGCAAGGGUGAGCCAGGUGAGCCUGGAGAGCCGGGAUCCUUGGGUCCACGUGGCCUGGAUGGUCUGCCUGGGGAGCCGGGCAUUGAAGGUCCUCCGGGACUGCCAGGCUACCAGGGACCACCUGGGGAGAAGGGAGAUCGCGGCGAUAUUGGUCCACCUGGUCUGAUGGGACCUCCUGGUCUGCCCGGACCUCCAGGCUAUCCGGGUGUCAAGGGAGACAAGGGCGAUCGUGGCGAUUCGUACCGCAAGAUGCGUCGUCGGCAGGACGAUGGAAUGUCCGAUGCUCCACAUAUGCCCACAAUUGAAUACCUAUAUGGUCCUCCAGGUCCACCUGGUCCUAUGGGUCCCCCAGGACACACUGGCAGUCAAGGCGAGCGCGGAUUGGAUGGACGCAAAGGUGAUCCUGGCGAAAAAGGACACAAGGGAGAUCAAGGACCCAUGGGCUUGCCCGGUCCAAUGGGAAUGCGCGGUGAAUCUGGUCCCUCUGGUCCCGCGGGCAAAGCCGGAAUUCCGGGUCCACCAGGUUUGGAUGGCAUGAAGGGUGCUCAGGGCGAGACGGGACACAAGGGGGAACGCGGUGAUCCAGGACUGCCGGGCACCGACGGCAUUCCCGGCCAGGAAGGUCCACGUGGCGAACAGGGAUCACGAGGGGAUGCUGGUCCGCCGGGUAAGCGAGGCCGGAAAGGAGAUCGCGGCGACAAGGGCGAACAGGGUGUGCCCGGUCUGGACGCACCCUGUCCGCUGGGCGUUGACGGGCUGCCAUUGCCGGGCUGCGGUUGGCGGCCGCCAAAGGAGACCAUUAUCUCAACGCCCAUGCACAAGGAUUAUUUACCAGAUGUCACACAGCCGGAGAGCAAUGCCAGCGAUUAUGAGCAGGAGGAUGACGAGGAGGAGGAGCAGCCGGAAGAUAAUGAAAACGAAUAUGAUGAAUAUCACGAGAAUUUGCAUAACAACGACUAAAAACGAGAACUGGCAGACGUGGCUCAAGGACGAGCUGAACGCGCUGCAGCAUACGAAAAC